UUUUUCGCUCUACACUAAUUUCAAGAGAACCCCGCCGGGCAGUUUUCUCCCUUUUCUCUCUCUCUGCUGCAAUUCUAUCGUGGCAAAGACAGUCGAAAAGUGUCUUCUUCUGGCGUCUCCAUUCUGGUUUGCGGAUUUUUCUCUGCCUGGUUUUGCGGCCUUUCGAGCUUUUUUUCGUUUCUAGACCGACUGAUUUUGGUGCGUUUUCGUACUACCCUGUUUUGACCGAAACCAUUUAAGCCCUCUGCUAUUUCAUAGUAUAGAGCCGUUGUUUUACACCUUCGAUUUUUGAUUCUCUGGGGUUAGAUUGUUUCGGGGAGUGUCUUUUUUGUGUGUAAUAGCUUUGGGAGUUUUGUGUCUGGUGGGAGAGAAGGAGGAGCCGCAAAAAGUGUUCUUGCGGAUUACUCUUUGAGAGACGGAGAGUGAGAGUAGAAGUAGUAGUGGCGGAAGGGGGAGGUCGACAAUGCGUUUUAAUAUAGAUCUGAAUGAAACGCCUGUCCCGUCUCCGCGUGAGACCGUCGGCGAAGCUGGCAUUCCGCUUUGUUCGGUUUGCGGGAAGGGGAUCCCCGUCGGGAGGGUUCCCGGAAAAGCAGGGCAGGAGAGCAAGUGCUUUCGCUGCUUGCUGAGAAGUGAUGCCGCAGGGAGCAGUAGCGGUGGCGGUGGAUGGAGAGUUGGAGACGGCGGCCCAGUCGGUCUGUUGGACAUGAACGCUCCACCGCCGCGGGAGCCGGAGGAGGGCGAUUGCGUGGAGGUUUUUGCAGUCCCGGACGGGUAUGGCGGUGGCAAGAUUCAGUCUUCAGUCCCUUCUUCCUCUAGCCAUCAUGCUGCGGUAAGACAAAUGAAUCCCAUGCUGGAUGACGUUGGGCUAUAUCAUCAGAAAAUGAUGUCUAUUGCAACAGAGGCAACUAAUUCUGGAUUUGAAGACAUGUCACGACAGAAAUUACAUUUGGAAGAGUUAAAUUCUGUUCGCAAGGAAUCCACAUUUGAUUUGAGGGUCCAGGGUCUUCAUACUGCUUCCCCAGUAAUUGAACUGGAUAGCAGCCCAAACAUGGUAUAUUUACAAAAUCUUAAGGAUUAUAUCGCUGACAGAUCAGGUGUUUUGGGAGACGGCUGGUGUGUGGAAUUUGAAUUCUGCAAUAGAAGGUACAAGACUACGGCUGUCUAUAUUGCACCUGAUGGAAGCAGGCUGAAGUCUAUGGAGGAUGUUGCUCACUAUAUAGGAUUGCCUUCACGGUAUCAAUCAAUGGAGAUUGAGAGGGAAAGUAGUACUGGUUUUGGCUUAAUUCAGGGUGGGUUGAAAAAUGAUCCCUCAAAGAAGGAAUCCUCUGCUUUUCUGACAUCCCAAAACAGCAGACAGAGACAGAGGAUAUCGAGUGCCAUAAAAAACCAGGGUAUCUUGUCUGGCGUAACUAUCCUUAGUGAAUCAGAGUUCUCAUAUAAUAGGGGCUCAGAGGAUGUUGGAUUUUCAAAGAAUGGUGGCAUUCAUGAUGGCUUCCCAAUUCAGUUUCAGGACUUCUUUCUUAUAUCAACUGGCAAUGUUGAUCCAAGGCCUUCAUACCAUUGUUCCAGUCAAAUCUGGCCAGUUGGUUACAGAUCUUGCUGGCACGAUCGAGUGACUGGGUCUCUUUUUGUAUUUGAUAUUGCAGAUGGUGGUGAUUUUGGUCCCAUUUUUAAGAUUCAAAGAUAUCCAUGCACCAAGCAAUCCCUACCUGUUGGCUCAACUAUCCUCUCAAAGGUAAAACCACUUUCCAGCAGAGCGGAUGGCAAAGUGGGGAAAGAGAAUUUGGCUGUAUUCCAGGUGGUUGAUGAUGAUAGCAUAUCUACAAUAACCCUGCUCAAUGAAGGUAGUCCCCCGUCGCUUGACAAUUGUCUCUCUAUGCCAAAGAAAGAAGAUGGCAUCCAUAAUUUGCAAGAAGACAAUUCUUCUAAUUCAGAUAUGGAAUGUCCACCUCAUAGAUUUGAAAACUUGCUAGUUGAUGGAGUAAGUCUCACUGAUGUCGUUGGGGAAUUUAAAGCUGAGGGCAGGUCAACAUCUUCUGCGUGGGAAAUGGUUACCCAGGGUUUCUUGCAAGGUUUUCAUUCGGCAUAUAAACAAAAAGGUGCAAUUAAGUUUUUCUGUGGCCAUGACGUACAGGAAGCUAAUGAUGAAAACCUGUUUUGCAAUGGUUCUCUUUCAAAAUAUGGUUCUUUUGAAGGUCGUGUGACCAUCCCAUCUUUGGUUCAGAAUGAAAAAGACAUUAAAAUAGCUUGUGAAAUGCUGUUGGCCUGGUUAAACCAGGACAGGUUUGGACUAGAUGCAGAUUUUGUUCAAGAAGUUAUUGAACAAUCUCCUGGAGUAACUUUAUGUAAAGAAUAUAAGAGUUUGAGUAAAAGAAGGCACAAUUCCAUUCUACAAACAGUUGGAAGUGGGUUUUUGAAGGCUGAACGGAAGACAAACAAUCACUCUGGGGCUUUGAAAAGAUCUCAGUUAAAAUCAGGUGUCACUGAAAGCACAUUAAAGAGGAACCCCUGUCCUCCUGGCACACCCCUUAACUCAAAGCUCCCAUCAUAUUUGAUGGGUGAUGCUUUGCAGGUUUGGGAGUAUGCCUGCCGUUAUUCAGAUGUUUUGGGGCUUGGACUAGACUUUUCCUUUCAGGAACUCGAAUCAGAAUUAGUGAGCCCCUGGGUAGAUACCUACCCCUUAAAAUCAAGAGAUGAUAUUGGGAAUGGGCCUCCCUCCAUUGGAGAGAAGGUUCCUCAAGCUGAAGCUGCAAGUGUUAGUAGAUGUAGUGGUCUUCUUUCAGCAAAGAUUAUUGCCUCACUGCUGAAAGUUCUUGUUAGUGAGCUGAUGUCUAAAGCAGCAGCACAAGUAUGGCCUAAUUCUGAUACUGGAGAACCUAAAUCAAGAAGAGGAAAGAAGAAAGAUCCGGAUUCUUUGGCUGCAUUUAAGAAAACAAAACCUCACAUGCUGCCUAUCAAUGAUCUUACUUGGCAUGAAGUUGCCCAUAGAUACAUUUUAGCUGUUUUGUCAAUGGGGGGUGAUUUUGAAUUUACAGAGAUUUCUAGUCAGGAAAGUGGCAAAGUUUUUCAUUGCUUACAAGGUGAUGGAGGAAUACUCGGUGGAUCUAUUAUGGGCAUAGCUGCCCUGGAGAGAGAUGCAGCGGUUUUGGCAGACGCUGUGAAAGAAAUAUAUGGUUCGUUAAAGGGUAAAAGUGAGGUUGUGAGUUUAUCUGAAAGAGAUUCUGAUGCCAAUGGUGCUCAAACAAUUGAGGUAAAUGAUGGUUCUAUCCCUGAGUGGGCUCAAGUUCUUGAACCAGUAAGAAAGUUGCCAACAAAUGUUGGGGCCCGCAUACGAAGAUGUAUCCAUGAAGCUUUGGAGAGGAAUCCUCCUGAAUGGGCUAAGCAGAAAUUAGAAUAUUCUAUUAGUAAAGAUGUUUACAAAGGAAAUGCUUCUGGCCCUACGAAGAGGGCUGUUAUUGAAGUGCUUUCAGACUUGAACUGUGAUAACGCACAGCCUAGAGCUGAGAGGAGGGAAAAGGUAAAGAUAAAGACCAGUGUGACAGACCUGGUCUCCAAACAAUGUCGUAUUGUACUUAGGCAAGCUCUUUUAUUGGAUGAACACAAAAAGUUCUGUAAUCUUUUGGGAAGGAUAGUGUUGUCUCCUAAUGAUAGUAGUGAAGCUGGUCUUAUUGGCUAUCCUGCAAUGGUUUCUCGACCUUUAGACUUCCGAACAAUUGAUUUGAGAUUGGCUUAUGGGGCAUAUGGUGGAUCUCUUGAAGCUUUCAUUGAUGAUGUUCGUGAGGUUUGGAGCACCAUUACCGCAUACCGGGGUCAAAAGAAUCUGGAUUUAGCUCUGCAUUUAUCUGCAGAGUUUGAAGCCCUUUAUGAGAAAGAGGUACUAACACUUGUGAGUAAGAUUUCUGAGGUGUCUUGUGUCGGUGAUCCUGACAUUGAGAUGGUAAAGGAUAGAGAUCAGCUCCUACUUGAAGUCUCGAACGCAGCUCUUCCCCGACCUCCUUGGGAGGAAGGCCUCUGUAAGGUCUGCGGGUUGGAUAGGGACGAUGAUAACGUUCUUUUAUGUGAUAAAUGUGACUCUGAGUAUCAUCGAUACUGCCUAAAUCCUCCACUGAAGAGAAUACCCGAGGGGAACUGGUACUGUCCGUCCUGUCUAAUUCCUUCUGCUCACUCUUACCUGUCAGCUUCCAAUCAAUCUAGGAGAAGAAGAGACCAGGGAGAGUUCAUAAUACAGUUUCUAGAGGAAUUAGCUCGACUAGCUAACCUUAUGGAAAUCAAAGAAUAUUGGGAGUUCACAAUUGUGGAGAGAAUAAUUUUUAUGAAGUUCUUGUUUGACGAGGCUCUAAGUUCUGCCACAAUUCGUGAGCACAUGGACCAGUGUACCUCUCGGGUCACCGACUUGCAGAGUAAACUGCGCAUUCUCACUGCUGAACUGAGACUUUUGAAAGUUAAGGAUCUUGUCUGGAGUGCUGAUAGACCGACUUCCGGUGCCCAUAAUGGGCGUGGAGACCUGAAAUCUGAUGCAUCUUCUUCCUUGCCUAUUGAAAGUAGUUUGAGGGGAAAAGCAAAAUUAUCUGAGAUAGCCAGUCAUCUUCCCUCUUUCUCAGGCUUCACACAGAUGGAGCAUGGCCCCUCUGCGAAGGAACAUGUUGGCCACAGUAAACAUCCAGAUUGGCUACCCCUUUCUAGGAGCGGUAGGAGUCUAGGUUCCGCAGACUCAUUGAACCAAGCAGAAUGUCAGAAUCUUCUUAUGGGAGACCAAAGUCAACCUGGGAUCGUCACGGUGCCUAUCCAGCCUUCAGGAGGCUCUGUCUUAAAUUGCAGCCAGGUGAUGCCUGGCCAUAACCACUCCGGCUCCUCUGGUGAUCAUGCCACAGAUUUAGUACCUUCUGCGCCUCCACUUCCUGUGCAUGAAUCACAGAAACACCCUAGUCCAAGUCAAGCUGAGAUGCUUCCGUCCAAGGACAACAUCUCCAAAUCAAGCACAAUUAAGGAUGAUAUUGUUAACAUGCAGAACACAAUUGCUGCCGUGGAAUCAGAACUUCUCAAGAUUUCUAUUCGGAAAGAUUUCUUGGGACGGGAUUCUAAUGGGCGAGUCUAUUGGGCGUUUAGCUCUGCAGGUGCUCGACCAUGGAUAGUAGCCAGUGGGGACUUGGUAUCCAAGAAUAGGCUGCCUGAUGAGUUCAUGGGGGUUCCGGGUUCUGAUAAGUGGAUGUAUUAUGAAUCUGACGAUGAUGUUGAGAAGCUGAUUGGGUGGCUGACAGAUAAUCAUGUGAGGGAGAAAGAAUUAAGGGAAUCCAUUUUGCAGUUGCAAAGCAGUAAACUGAGAGAAUCACAGUAUACCAUAAGCCACAUACUGAGCAAAGUUGUUUCUGACCAUGGCAAAGGAAUUUCAUCUGAUACAGCGCCUACGGAGGCUAUGGCUAUGUUGAAGAAAAAAUUUGGUCCUUGCUUGGUAGUUAAUGCAACAGAUGCUUGUCAGCGUCCAUCCACCGAGGCGAAUCAGGAUGGCAGGAUGGUCAGAUGCGAAUGUUUAGAGCUCUUGUGGCCUUCUAAAGACCAUUGUUUCUCGUGUCAUCAGAGUUUUGCCAGCAAUGAGGACCUGCAACUACAUUGCAAGGAAAAAUGCAAAGCUACAUCAAAGAAAAGCCAGACAACAACUGAAGAUACUAGUAAGCGCAGAAAGCCAAAAAUUGUUAUUUCACAGGAGAAGCGCCCCAUUAGUUCGAGUUUCCCUCAAUUCUCAACAAGUAAGAAACAGAAUAAUGGACCUAGUUUCACUGACCCCAUUAGAUCUGGUACUCCAUUUAAUUUUGAGGAGAUAAAGAACAGGUUUGUCGUCCCAGGUUCAGUAAAGCAAACUGUGAAUGAAAUUGGGCUUAUUGGGAGUGGUGGCGUACCAUCCUUUGUCCCUACCAGCUCUCCUUAUCUCAGCGAUCGUACAUUGCAAUUCCGUCCCCCAGGAAUGAAUAAAGCGAGUAAGAGUGGAAUGCCCAAUCUUGUGAGAAGUCAAGGGAAAACAAGUGCUGUGUUUGGUGGCCAAGAGAAUAAAGAAUCAACCAGAUCUUCAAGAAAUGCUGAAAAUGGUCUGGCCCAUGGAACUACUGCUGAAAGAUUGAGAUCUGCAUUAGCAAGUGAAAGCGAUCAAGUUUCUUUUGUCAAGGAGAAAGGUGCAUCACUGAUUGGAUUAUCUAAGAGCAAUUUAAAUCGCGAAUCCUCACCAAGACCAUUAGUUGGCAAAGGCGCUGAAGUUCUGAAGCUUCUUAAGAUUAAUUUAUUGGAUAUGGAUGCUGCUCUGCCGGACGAUGCUUUAAGACCUUCCAGGACAAGUGGUGACAAAAGGCGUGCUUGGCGUGAAUUCGUUAAAUCUGCAAAAUCUAUUUAUGAGAUGGUUCAAGCUAUGGUCGUAUUCGAAGACACAAUCAAAACCAACUACUUGCGAAACUUCUGGUGGUAUUGGUCUUCACCUUCAACAGCCAUGAAAAUCACCACACUCUCGGCCCUUGCUUUGCGCAUAUACAGUCUAGACUCAGCCAUCUCCUAUGACAAACCUCUGGUCAACAGUGCAAUGGUGGCUCGUGAAACAAAUCCAGGGUUAGAGGAGGAAACACCUUCCAGGAAGAAUGGAAGCCCAUCCCAGCAAACCCCCACCGAACCAGAUCCUGCUGAUAAUACUAGAACGACGAGGGGUAGAGCAAGCAAGCGCAGGAAGGAUCUUAGUGCCUGAGAUAGUAAGAAUUCAUUUUGCAUUUUAGAAAUGACUUGGCUGUAAAUUCUGCUAGCUGGUGAUGAAAUCUUCAGGGCAAAUUUGGCUACAAGUUUGCUGCGAAUUAGACUUGCCUUUGCUGACAUCUGUUGAAACUUGUGGAGAGAAUUACUGCUUUUACACCGUCAUGCAUCAUUAAUUAGGAUCGAUACACAUCUGUUGAAGCUGCAGCAUCCAAGAGAAAGGGAAAGAAAACUGAAUAUACAGGCACAGGAAACAGGUAUACAAAUAGAAAUGUACUCAACAGUCUGUACUCUUAUCUAGUAUAAAUGUAUAGAACUGUCUUAUCGACUUGAACCUCCGUUAGCAAUGAAUUAUUUGGUGCUGCAGUUUUUUAAA